UAGUUAGAGGAGGUCUCUCCAUAGCGCCGGUGUGUCCGGUCCUCCGCCUCCUUUCCCUCCCCCUCCGUCCUAUUGUAUGGAGGACCCGAGCGGCAGCUUCAUGUACUGGCACAGGCUGUGACCCUCUGCUCACCAUUCACUCCCCCUCACUAUAUGUCGCAGAGCAGCGCCAUGGACAAAACAAUAAAGGAUACUUCUAUCUUGGAAGAGUACAACAUCAACUGGACGCAGAAGCUUGGGGCUGGAAUCAGCGGUCCAGUAAGGGUAUGUGUGAAAAAGUCAACUCAAGAGCGGUUUGCACUGAAGAUUCUUAUAGAUCGUCCAAAAGCCAGAAAUGAGGUACGGUUACAUAUGCUGUGUGCAGCACAUUCAAACAUUGUACAGAUCAUCGAUGUUUAUGCGAAUAGUGUACAGUUUCCCCACGAAUCUAGUCCAAGGGCACGGCUCCUAUUUGUUAUGGAGAUGAUGGAGGGGGGCGAGCUGUUUCACAGAAUCAGCCAGCACCGGCACUUCACUGAGAAGCAAGCCAGCCAAGUAACAAAGCAGAUUGCUUUGGCUCUACAGUAUUGUCACUCAUUGAACAUUGCACACAGAGAUCUGAAACCAGAGAAUUUGCUCUUUAAGGAUAACUCCUUGGAUGCUCCAGUCAAACUUUGUGAUUUUGGGUUUGCAAAAAUAGACCAAGGAGACCUAAUGACACCACAGUUUACCCCUUACUACGUAGCUCCUCAGGUUCUAGAGGCACAAAGAAGACACCAGAAAGAGAAGUCGGGGAUUAUUCCUACCUCACCAACACCAUACACAUAUAACAAGAGCUGUGACUUAUGGUCCUUAGGUGUGAUCAUCUAUGUGAUGCUGUGCGGCUACCCUCCCUUUUACUCCAAACACCACAGCCGGACAAUCCCUAAGGAUAUGAGGAAGAAGAUUAUGACUGGAAGCUUUGAGUUCCCAGAGGACGAAUGGAGCCAGAUCUCAGAAAUGGCAAAAGACAUAGUCAGAAAGCUGUUGAAGGUUAAGCCUGAGGAACGACUCACCAUUGAAGGUGUUCUGGACCACCCUUGGCUAAACUCCACAGAGGCGCUGGAUAAUAUUUUGCCAUCUGCACAGAUGAUGAUGGAUAAGGCAAUGGUUGCCGGGAUACAGCAAGCCCAUGCAGAGCAGCUUGCCAACAUGAGAAUACAAGACCUCAAAGUCAACUUGAAACCAUUAAACGUUGUCAAUAAUCCCAUCCUGCGCAAGCGAAAGCUGUUGGGGACAAAACCCAAGGAAAAUGUUUAUAUCCAAGAUGCAGAGAAUGGUGAAGAUUCCAAUAUUGCGGUGGAAAAACUGCGGGAUGUGAUUGCGCAAUGUAUUUUACCACAAGAAGGAGAAAAUGAAGACGAAAAAUUAAAUGAAGUUGUACACGACGCCUGGGAAUACAACAGAGACUGUAAAUUACUGAGAGACACAUUGCAAGGUUUUAGCUGGAAUGGACAAGGAUUUACAGACAAGGUUGACCGUCUGAAACUUGCUGAAAUUGUAAAGCAGGUUAUUGAAGAACAAGCAAACUCUCAAGAGGAUUCUCAAUAGCUGAAGUGUUUUUUUUUUUCAUUUUUUUUUUUAUAGAAGAAUACGUGCUUCUUAAAUAACUGUAAAAUAGUUUUAUGUAAAUUAUAUCACUGAAUUUCCACACUGCUUGAACAUACAGUAUACAUGUAGAUAGAGGUUUAAAAGAAAAAAAAAUCAUUGGUACUGUAAUUUAUUUAGAAAAUAUGAACUGGUUUAAAUAUUUUUUCACACUACUGUACUGUUAAUAGGUACAAGCCUAGCAGGGAAUACAUAGCCGUUCAUGAACUUGUAGUACUCUACAAAGGUAUGAGCCCUCUCCUUUUUUUUUUUUCGCCCAUAGAUGGUCAGCAGGCUGCUAUGUACACAAGCUGCUUGAUUCCUAAACUGUCAGAAUAAUACAUUCUGAGCAAUAUGGUUCAGUCUCAGCUGACAGUCAACAUGUUAACAUACUUGAAAAUAGCUGUAUGUUGAAUGUAACUGACUUGGUUACACUGGCUGGCGGUAUCCUCAGGAAUAACUGGAUAGAGCACAUGCCUUUGAAUUGUUCACCAGCUGCUCUGUAUAGGUGCCAGUAUAUUUCAGAAAGGUAUAAGACUUUCAAUUUGUACUCAUGUUCUAAAAAUCUCUGCAGCCUUUCUUCAUUUGUUGACAGAAUAUUCAUCUUUUCCAACCCUGAAACUAAGCAUUUCGUUGCUUUGGGCAAUUUCUCCACUAGGUGGUGCUCUUGUGUAAUUCUUAUAAGACAUACCAUGUAUUUAUUUCUUUUCAUAAUUUUCAUUUUUUUUUAAAUUCUAUUGUGGGGUGCUUGUUGUUCUCCUUUUUACUGCACAGUUCUCAGCUUUAAUAGAUUUCUUUUUAGAUAUUCUAGUUUUCUAUUUUAACACUUUCCUUUUAAUAUGAAAUAUGCAUAUGUUUUUAGUGUGCCUGAACAUGCAGUGGUGAACUGCAGACUAAAGUGCCAAUUCUGGGGUUCUCUAGAAACAAUGUACGUUUCAGUAACAGCAAUGGCGUACUAAUGUUUUCGUGGCUUGGCUUUCUUUGCCAAAGUGAUCUUCCCAGUGCUAUCUUGAAAAUCUCUUUCACAGUAGAGAGUCUAGCUGAAUGUACAUCAGUGUAAACGUGCAACUCCCCUCUGUACUGUUCAUCUUCUGUGAUUGCUCUAAGGUUCACGAUCCUUUAUUUUAUUGUGUUGAUUUGACCUUUGCUUGUUGCAUGUAAACUGAAUUCAUGUAA